AGAAGAUUUGAAUUGCUUGUGACGUUGUGUACUGUUUUCGUGUCGCAGUUUGAAUGCGGAGCAGAAAAUAUUUGGGACUUUUCGGAGGAAUUGGCGGUUUGUGUUUUGACUAAAAUACGAAGCGACUCCGUGAAAGUCCCGCGAGCCGCUUAAUUCACAUUUAAGUUCUUAGUUUAAAGCUACUAACCGUUUCUGUGAGCUAAACCCCUAACGGACUAGCAGGCCGACUACAGUUAACCUUCAAACUCAGGCUCACGCCAAUAGUCAUUGUUGGUGUUGCAUUGCGACGGUACUUUCAUGUCAAACCCUAGUGUAAGGCCGAAGGUGUGAUCUGGAUCCCAGAGGAUAAGACUCAACAGCGGAAUGGAUUGUGAAGCUCACAGCGAUGUGUUCUUCCUGCCUGAUGAGAAGUUUGACUUCGAUGUUUCCAUGUCCCCUGCCAGCUCCACUGGCGAUGAUGAUGAGGUAUUUGUUGGUCCCGUCAGCCACAAGGAGAGGUGUGUUUCCGUUUGUCUGACGUCUCAGCUCGAGGAUGGUGAUGGUGAUGUGCGAGUGAGCUGGAGUCCACUGACCGGGGAUCAGCUGGAGGCUGUGUGUCAGGAAGCCCACAGAUUAGCCAACGAUCUGAAGAGCAGCGAGACUCACACUGAGGACUGUGAUACAACCACUGGGACCACUGACACUACGACUGAGAGAGAGGAGUUUGUCCAGGAUGCAGAGGCCAAGCUAGGUAUGCUGGGUCAGACUGCCAGCGUACUUAGCCCCAUUAAACGACAGACCUUCUGCGUACAGGACAGUCCCAUGAAGCAGCUGCCACCAACCAUCCGGCGUUACCUGCUGAGAGGGAGCACCUCCAAUAUAUCUCUGUCCACCCGCUCUGCUGCUACCACAGCUCCAUCCACCCGCUCAACUAGAAACAGCACCUCCAGCCCUGUCGCUGGGCCCAAGGCUCAGUCCAGGACAGCACUGCGAGGGAAGGCGGCCCUGGGUUCUGCUGCUGUGCUACCGAGCAAGCCGGCAGCACCGAGAACUUCCUGUUCAGCCAGUAAGAGCAGAGUGGAGAAAACCAGACUGCAACAACCAAGCAAAGUGGCGGGUUGGAGACGGAGCCCAUCCGUUGGUCCUUCCAGUAGAGCAGAAUCCUAUGAGGAUCUGCUCUCUGAUUCGGCCAGUGUGGCCUCUGACAUCAGCGACUCCUCUCUCAACUCCAGCCUGUUGGGGAAACGCACUCUUGGUCUGCCCACUAAGAGUGCUGGAGUGAGAAACCUGUCUGGUGUGAAAGCUCCGCCCCCACAGAGCAGGAGGAUGACUGACAGGAAGAACACAUCCUCAUCAUCAUCCUCUGUGUCCAGCUUCAACUCCACUCUGUCUCUAUCCCCAACUAAAGGUAAACUGAACUCUUCUCUAAACCGGAGUGUGAGUGGUUCCACUGGCCCCGCCCCCAGCAGCAUCAGCAGACAGACCAAUCACAGCAGACCUCGACGUUCCACUGUCUACACUGCUGCAGAGCCAGUGGCUUCCUCUGUCGGUCGCCGCUCUUUGUCUACCCAAGUCAAGAAGCUGUCUGACGCAGAGCUCGUCAAAGCCACCAGGUCCACUCCUCUGAAGAGAGGAAGAGCUGAGGUCACGCCCCUCCAGCCAACACCCAACAAGAGGACUGCCUCCAUUCCCAGCGUCUCCUCAAGCCGUCUGCAGAGCGGACUGAAGGCCAAACCUAAACCUGAGGCUCUGGUCCUACCGACACCCAGCACAGGAGGCAAAGGAGUCCAGAAUGCAGAUGAUGUUUCAAAGGUGUUGAGGCCAAAGAGGCUGAUGUCAAGUAGCAGCAAGGACAGUCUUCCACAGAAGCCGUCUGCUGGUCCCCUGACGCCCUCCAACAGCUGUAAGUCACUUCAGAUAAAGGCACGGCGCCCCUCUGCCCUCCCAACCCCGGUGAGGAGGAGGACCUCGGCCAUCCCCACUCCUACACCCUCCAACCAAACUCGAACUCUCAGGACGCCAGCCAUCUGUGCUCCUGAGCCCACCCUCACCUUAGCCACAGAUCAGUACUGUUGUAGUCCUGUCUCCAGAGAUAUACAGGGGGAGGAGGGGCUUUCUGAAGCCCCCAUCGUCCAACCCUUCUGUCUGGAGGAGGAGGAGUCUGUUGCUGUCCCACCUUCCAACACUCCGCAACCCGAACAAUCGGAGAGCAUGGACACUGGGGAACUGAGUCAGAGCCAAUCUGUGCCCAGCAAAAACCUGAUUGAACUGGAGACUACAGAAGAGAGCAACUUCAAGACGCAGGAGGUUCUCCUGCUGGAUCUUCCAGCUCCAACUCUGCAGCCUCAAGAGAAACUGCUCAUUGACUUGACCAACACCCCUGACCUGGUCCGGACCAGCAGUAAGACCUGCACCACCACUCAGCUGAUAGACCUGAGCUCUCCACUUAUUAAAUGGAGUCCAGAUGACAAGAGGGAGAACAAUGCACCACUCAUCAACCUGUCUUUCUGAUCUGCAUCAUCCUGAAGACCUGCAUCUCUGCUGUUUACUGUCGUCAGAAAGCCAGAAUUCAUUAGAUUUCAGUGAGUUUUAAUCAGUGUAGACUUGAUUGAAGCAGAGCAUUAUGUUUUAAAUGAUGAAAAUACCCCAAGAUUGCUGAAGAUUUUCUGCACAAGUUUACUUUAAUUGUCUAAAUCUUGCUGCUGUUCUUAACGUCUGAAUAAAUGUUUUUAAUGUCACUAU